AUGUCUGGACCGGCCCCACCCCCUUACCCCGGUAACGAUGGAGUUCAAUUUCAACAACCAUAUAACCCAAACUUUCAACAACAACAUACACAAUAUAAUAAUUUUAAUAAUAUGUCCCAACAACCAUAUUAUCCUAAUCAAAACUAUCCCCAAGGAUAUUAUAAUCAACAAGGUUAUCCUCAACAACCUAAUUAUGGAGCGCAACCACCACCACCUCAAGUAGUGUAUGUUAAUGAAAGAAGAGAAUGUCAUCAACCUAGAAGUGGAAAAGAUAGCUGUUGUUUAUGGGCUUUGUUAGGAUGCUGCUUUGGGUGCUGUCUUGCUGAUUGUUGUGAUUAA